AUGGCCAUGGCAAAACACCCGUACGAUGAUCCUGAUCCGGUACCCAUAUACCUCCUUCUCAUUCUGGCCAUCUUACUCUGUGCAUAUUUCGGCUGGGUGGGCUCAGUUGCUGUACGCCUCUACUUCUACAAAGGCGCUCUUGGGCCAGAGCCAGAAAGGUUCGUCAUCCUUCCAGUAUAUCUGCGCGAUCGCAGUCCACAGCGCGGCCACCACCGGCGUGUGACCGCCUUUCCCAUCCCCACGACCCCCAAAAGCCCAGCACGAGAGCUUGCGCGGCUCUCGAGAGUGCCUCGUAUAGAUUCUGCGGAUGUAGAUGCGAACGAGCUGCCUGAUUCCGAAAUUCACGCCUUCUUUGCAGAACAACAACGCAUCUCGCGACUCCCGGCUUUCGUACAGGAUGACUGCGGUGACGGAUCUGAUUUCCCCAACAUCCCGUUCGCGGUCAGGCCUGUAGAUGGGAAUCAAAACACACUGGCGCCGUUGGGUAUCUCUAGGAGACCCUCGACGAGCUACAAGGCGCUGGGCCUGGAGAAGCUCGAGCAAAACGAGUGGCUUGCUGUCGAUGACACAUACAAGGACCUCCAUGCAGCACGCGACUACCUCCUCGCUAAGAAGAAUGCGGAGUGCAUACAAGUGAAGCACGAUGGCGAGGCGGCGUGUGAAGAGCUGCUAGAAGAUGUGGUGAAGUUCCUCGUCUCAAAGUACCCCGACGACUUCAGCAUCCAGACGAUAAAUCGACGAAGGCACAUCCGGAACGAGAUCACCAGGGAAGAAUGGUCGCUCGUCCGUCCGUUCGACUGCCACCCACUAGAAGUGUGCGCGAGGCUGGCUGCGGAGGACUUCAACAUUCUGCUCAAGGGCGAGUUCACGCAACAGCACUAUCUCGCAACCCUCUUCCCAGCUGGCUGGCACAUGCGCAGCCUAAUCGGCAAACCACUCUCACACAUGCAAGAGCAGGACCUACACCAAUGGAACGACAUCCCUUCCAUCCUCGCCCACAUCACCAGCACCAGCACCAGCACCAGCACCCCGCUAUCCCGCACCACACUCUACAUCCAAACCCACCCCGACACGCGGCCCCUCUCACACACCCUCUUCACCCAAGCGCCCCAAGAUCUGUUCCCCGGAAACCUCUCCACGCUGCUACCCCAGCACAUCCUCGUGCGGCGCGAGCAGCACAUCUUCCGCCGCCUGCGCUCGGGAGCGGUGGUUUUCUCAACCCGCACCCGCGUGCAGAAAUUGACGGAUUUGAACGUCGUGGAGCGCCGGGCGUUGGUGAAAGAGGUGCGUGGUUGGGAGGGUGAGAUUGCGGUCAGGAAGGGGGUUGAGCUGUGGCAGCGGAUCGUGCUGGGGUGGUGUGAGGGGAAGAAAGCGGGUAUUUAG